GUCAGCGGCGGCUCGAAGAUGCCUUGAAACGCCGGAAGGGUCAAAGUCAGCGUCCCAAGUCCUGGGUUUAUAAGAUGUUCACAGGGGUGCGAAGCCCCGAAAAUGAGGAGACCCCCAACGCCCAGCCUCCGGUCCCUCCCCGGCUGGAGACGGACGCCUCCCUCAAAUGCUUGAUCAGCGAGUGGGAUCUUCGCGUCAGCGAGCGCCUGGGCGACGGAUGCUUCGGGGUGGUGCACCGGGCUGAGUGGCAUGCGCCCGGCGGCACCUUGAUCCCGGUGGCCGUGAAGACGUUGCGUUCAGAUGUCUCCUCCGACCCGGGGGCCCUGAUUGACUUCCUCAAUGAGGUCAACGCCAUGUGCUACCUGGAUCACCCCCAUCUCCUCCGCCUCCAUGGCGUGGUGCUCACCCAGCCCCUCAAGAUGGUGACGGAGUUGGCCGCGCUGGGCUCGCUCUACGACCGUCUCCAGCAGCCCUUCCCUCUGCACCAGCUCUGGAGCUAUGCCACGCAAGUGGCGGGGGCCAUGGCUUACCUGGAGUCCAAGCUCUUCGUCCACCGGGAUCUGGCCACCCGCAACAUCCUGCUGGUGUCCGAGGACCACGCCAAGAUCGGCGAUUUCGGCCUGAUGCGCCCGCUGUCCAGCAGGAGCGACCGCUACGUCAUGUCCGCCCACCGGCGCAUCCCCUUUGCCUGGUGCGCCCCCGAGAGUCUGCGCCAGGGCAUCUUCACCAGCGCCUCGGACGUCUGGAUGUUUGGGGUGACCCUCUGGGAGAUGUUUUCCUACUGUGAGGAGCCCUGGGUGGGCUUGACGGGCAGGCAGAUCAUGAUCAAAAUUGACCGAGAAGGAGGACGUUUAGAACGAACGGAGGACUGUCCCAGGAGCAUCUACGCCCUGGCACUGAAAUGCUGGGCUCACAACCCGGAAGAGAGGCCCAAAUUCCGGGAAAUCAUCCACUUGUUGUCGGAGCUCCGUCCCAAAGAGACGACGGCCAGUCGUGCGUUUGGGGAGCCCGGCUGGCUCAGGCUGGAAGCCAACGACCCGAUCACUAUUAUCGAAGGCAGGUGA